AUGCCAUCAGCAACAACUAAAAACUCCACUCCUUCGGCAAAUUCUACCUCAAAGGGUAAAGUGGACACUGAAAAAUUAUUGGGAUUAGUAUACACAUUACAAUUUGCUUGGUUUGUUGGUAAUGUUCUCACCGUCAUCGGUUUCAUUGGAAGUACUUUGACUUUCCUCAGAAUCUUACCAUCUUUAUACAAAUUAGACUACUUGAUUACAUUAUUAGGGGUGUUGAUUUCGUUUGGUAUUUUAGUUUUCCAAUUGGUUCAAAAGAAUGGACUUAGAUUUGGUAUUUUGAUUAGAGAUGAUAAUACUCAUUAUAUCUUAUUAGGUGGAUUCUUAUUAUUCCUUAGACCUUAUGUUUGGUUGACUUUAGUUCCAUUUGCUAUAUUUUCAACAUUCCAUGUUUUGGCUUAUGUUAAUGGAUAUAUUUUACCAUUAGUUGGAUUAGACAAGAGUAAUUUAUCAACCACAAUUACCAAUUUUGUUAGUCAAAACAAUGCUAAAUCAAUUGAAGCUGCUAGUGGUAUUGAAUUGGUAACUUAUGUUUGGUUACUUUUGAGAAUGAUUACUUUUAGAAAAAGAUCGUUGAGUCCAGUAUUGGUUUACACUGUCUUUUUGAAGAAGAGAUAUGAAGUUAGUGCUUUUACUAGGAGUUAUGUUAAAGCAGUGGCUGAUGCUGGUGAUAAGAUUGUUAAUGAUGUAAAUCAUCCAGUAUUGCAUGAUUUUUGGGCCAAGAUUAGAAAUGUGUUUGGAAUUGUUGAUAAGUAUAAAUUGGUUAAUGAUUACACUCAACAGGAAGAAAAGACAAAAUAG